AUGGCUGACGAGCAUAGUGCUUCUGCUGACAGAGAAGAUUAUCAUAAGGUUGAUUUAGCGAUUCUUCUUGGUGAACGAUUGAAGACCAGUCAGGAACGAGGUCUUACGAAAACCGAACAUGACUCUAGGCUUCAGAAAUAUGGUCUAAACCAGUUAACCCCACCGAAGACCGUUCCUGAAUGGGUGAAGUUCCUGAAGAAUAUGACAGGAUUCUUCUCUUUGCUGUUAUUGGCAGGUGGAGUACUUUGUAUUAUAGGAUAUAUUCUGAAAAAAGAGAUUGAGAAUCUCUACCUUGGAAUUGUACUUUUUGCCGUUGUGAUCAUUACGGGAACGUUCGCCUACUUCCAGGAGAAAAAGUCGAAUGAUUUGAUGGCUUCUUUUAAGAACAUGAUGCCAAACCGUUGCACGGUUACGCGUGACGGCAAUCCUACUGAAGUUGUUGCUGAGGAUUUGGUCAUUGGUGAUAUUGUUCACAUAAAAGCUGGAGAUAAGGUACCUGCGGAUAUUCGUAUCCUCGAGUGCUCGGAUGAUAUGCAAGUGGAUAACGCCUGCCUCACUGGAGAGUCGGAACCUUGCAAACGAUCCACCAAGUGCACCGAUGCGAAUCCUCUGGAAACCCAAAACAUGGCCUUCUUUGGAACGCAAGUUCCGAAAGGUAGCUGCAAGGGAGUGGUUGUAGCCACUGGAGAUAACACUGUUAUGGGCCAUAUUGCCAAGCUGACGUUGAACACUGGAAGUGAGAAAACCCCUAUCGGUAUUGAGUUGGAUCGAUUCAUUUCUAUUAUCUCUACGAUCGCCAUUACUUUGGGAGUUCUGUUCUUCAUCAUCGGUAUCUUCCUGGGUACAGAUCUCAUCACCAACCUGGUCUUUAUGAUCGGUAUCAUCGUGGCCAACGUGCCUGAGGGACUCUUGGCUACCGUCACCCUCUCUCUGUCGCUCACGGCUAACCGAAUGUCCUCAAAGAACGUUCUGGUGAAGAAUCUGCAGGGUGUGGAAACUCUGGGCUCGACGAGUUGUAUCUGCUCCGAUAAGACCGGAACCCUCACCCAGAACAUGAUGACUGUGGCGAACGUGGUCUAUGAUGGAAAAAUCUUCGACUGCGAGUGCUCCAUGUACUCGAAACCCACGGUGGAUCCUACCUCCGAGUCCUAUUUCCAUCUGCUUCGGAUUGCUGCUCUGUGCAACAACGCGAAGUGGGACGAGAACUCCAACAAGCAACCUUUUAUUGAAGAACUGCUUCUUGGUGAUGGUUCGAUUGAGAAGCGUGUGAUGUGGAAACCGCUGGGAGAUGCCUCCGAAUCGGCGCUCCUCAAGUAUGUGCAGGCUUCUUUCGAUGUGGAAGUGUUCCGCAACGAAAACCCCAAGCUGAAGGAAAUUCCGUUUAACUCAACGAACAAAUACCAGGUUUCCAUCCAUCAGAAUGCGAAGGUGGAUGAGCGGUUGCUAGUUAUGAAGGGCGCUCCGGAGCGAAUUCUUGGACGCUGCGAUAAGAUUCUGAUUAACGGAAAGGUCGAGGAGUUCACUCCCGAACUUCGCAAGAAAAUGGAGGAUCUGCAGACAGAUCUUUCUCGCAAGGGUCUUCGUGUGCUGGGCUUUGCCGAGCUGCCCUUAGAUCCCGCCGUCUAUCCCAAGGAUUACGUCUACAACAGUGACACUCCCAAUUUCCCUCUGGGAGAUGAUCGCGAAACCUUCCCUCAAGACAUUCCCCAUACCGAGCACAUCUUCACAAAGCUCUGCUACGUGGGAAUGAUGGCUAUGAUCGAUCCCCCGCGUCCGCAAGUCCCUCCCGCCGUGGAAACUUGCAAGACAGCCGGUAUUCGUGUGAUUAUGGUGACGGGAGAUCAUCCGAUCACCGCCAAGGCGAUCGCUGCGAAGGUCGGAAUCAUCUGGGGCGACACGGAGGACGAUAUUCAGCUCCGCAAUGAGUCGAAGGGCUUGAAGGAGGGAGAUCCGGGCUGGGAAGACCCUGCACUGGCUCCAGCGAUCGUUGUUCCUGGAUGGGAUUUGACUCCUGAUCUGCCGGAUGCGAUUUGGGACGAUAUUCUCGACCAUCCCCAGGUCGUUUUCGCUCGUACUUCCCCUCAACAGAAGUUGAUUAUCGUGGAACACAACCAGAAACGAGGCGAAAUUGUCACUGUUACGGGAGAUGGUGUCAACGACGCCCCGGCUCUUCGGAAGGCGGAUAUCGGAAUUGCAAUGGGUAUCAUGGGCUCGGCUGUGAGCAAAGAAGCGGCCGAUAUGAUUCUCGUGGACGAUAACUUUGCGUCGAUUGUGAAGGGCGUGGGAGAAGGCCGACUGAUCUUCGACAACCUCAAGAAAUCGAUCUCCUACACGCUCUCCUCCAACAUCCCCGAGCUGGCUCCGUUCCUUUGUUUCAUUACCAUCCAGGUGCCUCUUCCUCUGGAUACUAUCUUGAUUCUGCUCAUCGAUCUCGGAACCGAUAUGCUUCCCGCCAUCUCCUUCGCUUACGAAAACGCGGAGGCCGAUAUCAUGAGACGACCUCCACGUGAUAGCAAGCGCGAUCAUUUAGUGAACAAAAAACUGUUUACCUUCUCCUACUUGGAAGUCGGCGUCACGCAGUGCCUCGCUGCUCUGAUGUCUUUCUUCUUCAUGAUGAACUCCUUCGGAUUCUCCGCCUCCACGCUGCCGGGUCUUGGAGCCUAUGACAACUGGGGAAAGCAAACCUUGUAUUGCAAGGUCAAUGGAGGAAACUGGUAUCGCGAGGUAUUCGAUGCGCAGAACAAGACGUCCGGAUUUGAGGCCUACGAGGGAUCGGCGCCGAGCAAUCCAGAGGAAUUCUACACCAUGUUCCGCCAAGGCUAUUAUUUCUGGGACGGCGGCGAGAUCGUCCAGUGCCAUUACCCCUCCAAGAACUUCCUCGGACCUACCAAGAGCUCUCCCAAUUUCUCUCUCUCGGAUGAGGCGUCGUACAACACAGCGAAUGGAGGUUACACGGCGGAGAACAUUGUGGUGACCAAGCAGAGCAUCGACGUGCUGCUCCAGAACGGCUACUAUCCGUAUAUUCCUCUGGCUGGACGUGUCUCCCCCUUCUGGGAUCGCAAUUGGCUGCGUGCCGAUACCUCGAAGAAAACGUACGUGGGACUCGGAAAGGGCACGGCCACUGCGCAGCUGAGCUAUCAGCCGCUGGGCUACUGGGAUAUUAACGACUGGAACUCGACGGAAGCCAAGACUUCCUCCUCCUCCAGCGAAGUUUCCUCGGCUGUGCAAGCGAUGAUCGAAGCGUCCGAAUACAAGAUGCUGGGACGCAAGGUGUUCAGCAACGCUACUUUUAAACAAACGAGAAGUGCGGACUCUUUCGAGUACAUUUACUCGCUUUCCUUCUUCGAGGGCGACACGCAGUACGCCAACAUCGCUUCAAGAAUGAUCCAGAAGGAGGCGCUGUACUAUUCCCAGACGGCCUACUUCAUUACCAUUGUGAUCGUUCAGAUCGCCGAUCUUUUAGUCUGCAAAACUCGCAUGAACUCGUUGAUUGACCAAGGAAUGAGCAACCACGCUAUGAACUCCUCUGUGCUCUUCGAGCUGGCUUUGGCUUACAUCCUCCUUUACACGCCCGUGCUGAACAGCGCGCUGCGCACUCGCCCCCUGCCUUUCCACUGCUGGCUUAUUCCUUUCCCCUACUUGAUCAUUGUAUAUACUUUCGAUGAGGUCCGCAAAUACUUGAUGCGAAAAACAUCGCUCGUGACAGAGAAUCCGGAGACAAAACAGAUUCUCCGGGAUGCUGGGUGGAUUGAACGAAAUACGUACUAUUAG